GCAUUUUACUUCCUGCUCUCUGUACCGUCCUAGACGGGAGUUACAUGUCAUGCGAGAAGAGGAGUUGUGUUCACGUUGUCAACAGGAUUGUACGUGUGCAUGCGGGUGAGGGUCAGUGUCAUCGUACAACUAAAUCUGUAACCCUUCGUCAUUUCCGAUGUGGUAUCGUUAAAGAUGAUGGCGGCUUCUGAUGACGGAGGACAGAUGGUAGAUGUCCAGUAACACGUUGUUGUGAUUAGUACUAAAAGAACGUGGAGACUUGGCAUCCAGGAUGUCCAAGUCGAACGACAUUGUGGUAUUCCACGUCCAGGAUGCAGCAGAGUGGAGUUCGUACCUCAUGAGACUGUUUGCAAUGAACAAAACUCUCAGAAUCAAAUCAAUGGACUUAGACUCAAUGGAGUAUGAAAACCCCCCAGAGGUGGCUAUGGCUGUGAAGGAAUCCUAUCUCGUCAUCAUUCUGGCAUCUCCAGAUAUGCUGCAGUUCAUGGCAGACAAGACCUGGUUCAGUGAGCCCUUCAAGCAGUUGCAUGGCAAAACCACAGUCGUAGCGGUCUUGUGCUAUGUGGACAGUGGGCAGUUUGAUGAUGCUGUCGCUGAGAAUUAUAGAGCAUCGUCUUCGUGGAAGCAUUAUGUGAUAGGCACCGAUUACAAUGACAACAGAAACAUGGUGGCUGACAUGAUGGACAUUGUGGACCAGAGUGACGCUCCGCCCCCACCUCCCCCUUCCAGGCCAGAGAGAAGGAAAGAAUCUAAGUCCAGUUUUGAUGUGAAGCUUAAAGUGAUCCCCACUCGCGUUCAUGGACCUCAGGAUGACAUUGUAAUAGCUCUCAGAGAAGAGAAAAAGGGGACAAUUCAAGUCAGCUUCAAUGAUCCUACAACCAAAUACGACACCAAGAAACUUAACCCUUAUACAGUCAAGUUGAAAGCACCAGAUCUUGCACCCGGGAACUAUGUCAUUCAUAUAUUCCAGGAUGCCAAAGAGAUUUACAAGACACCAUUUUACUACACGGCACCACAAGAGACCGCGUUCCAUUCAGUGGAGUAUCUGUCACAGGCACUGCAAUGUGAAAACAAAGCUGCUCUGGACAGGAAGUUGGUGGAUGCCCUCGAAACUAGCAUUCCAGAGGAUGAUAGUCUUGAGUUCCUGUUUGAGAAGCUCAAGACCACCCUUUCUUCGGGAAUCACUAAAAGCAAGAGCCAGUACCCCACCAUGCUUCACUUCGCAGCUGCAAACGGUCUGAAUGAGUUUUGUUCUUGCUUGCUCGAUGUUCCGGGGUCACUGAUAGCCUUCCAGGUGGAGAACUGUGAUGGGCGAGACCCAGCCGACCUAGCAGAUGUCUACAACUACCCGGAAUUGGCUCAGUAUAUACGAGAUUUCAUGGAGACGGCCUAUCUGGCGGACGCCUGUGAUCUCUACACCCACAUGGCGGCGGGGUACCAAAACAGGAUUCCCGAAGAAGAAACUGAAACUGAAAGUUUCUACAUGGAUAUGCAGGGUCGGAACUCUUCAAUUCAAGAAGAACCUGAGGAUCCAUAUUCCAUGGCCCUACCCCCCAACCUCGGUACCGCUCCCCCUCCCCCUUUACAGCCACGGGCGACCAGACUCCCCCCAGUACCCAACAGGCCCAGACGUCAGUCAGCAGAUGUAAAACGGGCGACAUAUCAAAGCACGCCUGUAGUGGGACCUAGUACGGAUAGUGCGGCGUGUGCUCCAGCAUCACGCCCCUCCCAACCGACCGCACCCCGAUUGACGAGAGUUAAUUCUGAACGAGCUUCAGGACAUGCACCUAUUCAUGAUUCUGAACCAAGGUCCAUGACACUGCCAGCAGGAUUAACACCCUCUGUUCUUAUGGGUAUAGUAGAGGACGAAAAGGCGCUACCACGAGUUGCAAUGGGUUCCACAAGUCAAAAUGAACUCUUGGAGAUAAUGGACGGUGUUAAGGAAGGUAACUUCAACCCUCACGAAGCCCUCAUGCUGUUCAAAGCCUGGCAACAAAGGAACGGGGAACGACAAUCCAAGUCCUUCAAACAAAGACAGAAUACUCUGCGGAUGAUGCGCGAAGAGUACAACACUGUUAUCGACACCGUGACGCAGACGGCCGAUCAGAUGUCCAAGAAGACCAGCAGACCGGGCUUCUUCGCCAGACUCAUCAGCAAGCGCCAGAAGACGCCAAGACACGUGCCUCAGAUAUCAGACCCAAUCGUCUCCCGGUCAACCCGAAGAGGAAACACCAUUUCGGCCAAUGUUGUGUCGGGAACCCGAUUCAGCACCUUGAGCACGACUAGUUCAUCCAGUUCUUCGUCCAGGGAUAGUACAGUCAGCAUGGACAAUACUGACCCGUUCAGCACCAGUGAUGAGAGCGAGUCUGAACAAAGACGUGGUGUAACUUAUCGGAGACAAACCAACUCAACGAGGUCCCUUAACCAAGAAAAGCGUCAGUCACACCGGAUGGAGUUUCUGGAACAGACUGACAACAUGGAGACACUACCCCCUGUACCGCCUCGCACCUACACCCGCACCGACACGGCGCGCCCCGUCCCUCAAACACGUCCACCCAGAUGAGCUAAUCAUCGCUCUUCCAAAGUCCAUCUAAGUUAUGUCCCAUGUCCAUGUCCAACAUGGAAUGUGAAUACGUACAGUGGGGAUGUCUAUUUAUACAGCCAUAUAUUAUUAUAUGAUGAUUCUAGUUUAUAUAAAAGACGACGUCUAACGUUGCAAUAAAACAUGCCUUUUUCUAGGAGAAAAACGUUCGAAUGCAAAUUGUAAGAAAGCAUCGUCAUGAUGAGAAAUUAUGUUCGUACAUUUUCUUUAUAUACUUUAUAAAUACAGCAACCAACUUAGCAAGGAGUACAGCAACCAACUUAGCAAGGAGUACAGCAACCAACUUAGCAAGGGGUACUGUAAUCAACGUAGCAAGGGAUACAACAACCAACCUAGCAAGGGAUACUGUAAUCAACUUAGCAAGGGAUUCAGCAACCAACUUAGCAAGGGUUACAACAAUCAACUUAGCAAGGGGUACAACAUUCAACUUAGCAAGGGAUACAGUAAUUAACAUAGCAAAUAGUACGUUACCGGUAACGAAGAUAGCAAGUGGGUGCAGCAACCUAUUAUUAUACAUAUAGUAUGACAGUCAACGCUUUGGCAGACCAUGAGGUACCACCAUGAGGUGUGUGUGCGUGUGUGUGUGUGUGUGCGCGCGCGUGCGUGCGUGCGUGCGUGCGUGCGUGUGUAUUAUCUUACAGUCUAUGUUGUUUAUAUACAGUACAGAUGCUGUGAUGCACUUUGAGCAGGUCUCUCCGUGGUGUUGAACUUAGCACUGUAGAGCUAGCCUUAUUAUUAUACCCCAAUUUUCUUUCCACCUUUAAAAUGUGAUAUGUGCCCCAACAUUAGACAGAAUGUGAUAACCCGAGCACCAUGUGCAAACUCAUUCAUUCAUUAUCCACUGGAAUAUAUAUUGGUUUGUACUGAUCUGUUAUGAAAAGCAUAUGUAUAUUAUUGUAAAUGUUUUGUAUAUAAUUGUACAAAAUUAAAUAUAUAUGUAUAUAGCCAUUAACUGUUCUGUGAUUGACAGAUCUUGUCGAACUUCUCCAUUAGCUUCAGCUGCUGUAAAGAAUAAGCCAUAUCUUAAAGGGACUCUUCAAGCUUUAAAAUAAUCUUCCUGUUUUAGUUUGAUACUAUUGCUCUUUUCUAUACAAUAUACAAUGCACAAUUGAGUUGUAUGUAUCAACAAUGAUAUAUGAUACAAAAACAUUUACCCGCAAAUGCAUUAACAGUGAAAACAUACAACGUAUGAUAGGAUCUAGCUCUUGAAGAGUCCCUUUAACAUGCUGGUGGCAACACUCUGGUUACAUCUGUGUGAUAAAAUGUGAUAUGAAUAAAAGCUUCAUGGGCUGUUUGCAAUCA